GAUCACCAAUUCAAACCGUCAUUAUUGCUUGCUGGCGUGGUGGCGCUUUAAUUUUGAUAAUUUUACCGGGAUUUAUGGUUUUUCAAUCGAUAACAUAGUGUUAACACCAACUUUUGAUUAUAUGAAUGUUUGCCGGUCAUCAUGGGUGCAUUCUUGGCGACUCCUGUAACCGAGAAGAUUUCUGAGAACGCCGAGAACGAGGACUUGAUUUGUGGCGGCAGUUCCAUGCAAGGAUGGCGAUCAACACAAGAAGAUGCCCAUAACUGCGUAUUAAACUUCGACAAAGAAACAUCUUUGUUUGCUGUUUAUGACGGACACGGAGGAGCAGAUGUUGCCAUUUACAGUUCACUUCACCUUCCUGACGCAAUCAAACAAACAGAGAGCUAUGCCAAAGGCGAUUACAGUCAGGCCUUGAAGGACGCUUUCCUUGAGUUUGAUGCUACUCUGAUUACUGACAAAGUGGUGAAAGAGCUGGAAAAAAUAGCUCAGAAACACAAUGGUGAAGCCGAAGAAGACAAUGAGAACGAAGAUGAAGAUGAUGAGGAAAGUGUGAACGAUCUCUACAAAGAAGCCUCAAUGCCGCUGGCCGAUGUUAUGGCCCGCUACAGGAACCCAAGUCUUCAGGGUAAACUCCCAGCCUCUCCGUUCCUUCGAGCUAAAAAGGAUGACCCUGGUGCAUCCUCAUCCUCCGCAGACGCAGGCUGUAGCAGUAGCAGCAAUGUAUCAAAUUCUGAAAGUGAAGUCAGCAGUUCAAGUGGUGGAGCCUCCUCUUCAAAGAGUGAAUCCAAGAACAAUGUUGAGGCUGCCUCAUCGUCUGGGUCGGGGGCAGGGCCAUCGUCGUCGUCCUCCGCACCUUCAUCAUCAUCACACGCAAAAGAAGUUUCCAAUAGCGCUCCUGACAGUAGUAGCUGUAAUAAUAUUGCUUCUGAAGCCAGUUCCUCCUCCAAAAAAGAGACAGCUGAAAAAGUCAUGGUGAAUGGCAUCGCUCAUGGGGCCUCUGGUGACUCGGUGUCAAGCUCGCAGAACAGCAAAGGAAGCAAGAUGGAGGCAGAAAGUGAAUGUCAAGGAAGCGGCGAUGCUGGAAAGUCGGCAAAAAGUAGCAAUGAUGACACAAUUUCAUCAAGUGACAGCCCCUCAGGCAAAUCACCCCACAAAAAGCGUGUUGUACCCACACGUGUAGGCUCGACCAAAUUGUAUGAGAAAUUACUAACGCAAGGCAACGGAGUUGACUCUAGCGAGUCGGAUGAGGAGGACGACCCAGCAUUUCCUGGAGCUGCGGCCGAUAGUGAUGAUGAUGACGAUGAUGAUGAGGGUGCCCUAGACGAGGAUGAGGAAGAUGAUUUGGAAGAUGAUUCUGAUGAAUUGGAAGACGAAGACGAAGAAGACUCGGAUGAUGACGAGGAUCUUGAGGAUGAUGACGAUGAUGGGUUUUGCGGGAAGGAGAAGGUCGGUGAAGACAGUGGGUGCACAGCAGUUGUCGCCCUUAUACACAAAGAUACUUUGUAUGUAGCUAAUGCUGGUGAUUCGCGAUGCGUUGUCUCCCGCAACAGAGAGGCUGUGGAGAUGUCAUUCGACCAUAAACCAGAGGACCCACCCGAGAAGACCAGGAUAGUCAAUGCUGGUGGUAAAGUAACUCCUGAUGGUAGAGUGAAUGGAGGAUUGAAUUUAUCUCGUGCACUAGGUGAUCAUUCCUACAAACAAAACAAAUCACUAGGGCCAACAGAACAAAUGAUAUCAGCACUGCCAGACAUCAAAACGUUAGACAUCGACCGCUCGAGAGAUGAAUUCAUGGUUUUAGCCUGUGAUGGAAUCUGGAACUCAAUGUCGAGCCAAGAAGUUGUUGACUUUAUCAAUGAACGGUUAGACAAAGGAGUUAAGAAACUCACUGACAUAUCUGAAGAGCUUUUUGAUCGGUGUCUGGCCCCAAAUACCAUCGGAGAUGGAACUGGUUGUGAUAACAUGACGUGUAUUAUCGUCCGGUGGAAGAAACCUGGUGAGACCAAUGGCAUCAACUCAGGUUCUGCCAACGAAACAAAAGUAGCGCAAGAAGCUGAGCAGAAAAAGCCCACAGAAUCCACCGAAGCCAGCACCGUCUCUCCCGCAACGAAGACAGAGGCUGAAAAACGUUGUGCAUCACCAGAUACUGAUGAUACAUCAAGAAAAAGGUCAAAAAUUGAUGAAGAACCCUCCGACUGAAGCACUAAUCGCCUGGAACUGACCCUUUCCUGAGUUUGUGCGGCUCAUCUUCAAACUGAAAUUGUGGGCUUUGCACCAGGGGAGCCAUUUGAUUUAUUUUCUUUUUUCUGUCUACUCUAAUGAAUCAAUAUUCUUCACUCUUUUCUCUCUGUUUUAAUUUCCUGGAGAAAAAAAUCAUCUCAGUAACUUUCUAAUUGCGAGGUCCAAUCAGUGUAGUACAAUUCAGGUAUUAGAUCAUACCGAUUUUAUUCUUAAGGUGGGAAGAGAUUAAAAUGUUUUUUUAGUCCUAAAAGUGCAUUUAAACACAAACCAAAGCUACAAAUAGAUCACAAGACCUCUAAGUUUGAAAUAUUUUAGAUAUGUUCCCAGAAUUGACACUGUCUGUAAAACUUGUUUUCCAAAUUUUUAAAAAUUACUCUAGUAUAACCACCCCUCCCUUCUUCCCUUGUAAUUACAUACUGGUUAAUUUAUGAAUUUCCAAGGAUAAAGUUAAGCAUUACUGGCACUGCUAUUCUUAUGGAAAGAGCCUAAUCAUCAGCAAAGAAUAAACUUUAUAAAUUGUAAAUGACAUGAAAAUUUCAAUGUUAAGAAAUUCUACGGUGAAUCAUUGUAUAAUGUUGUUGAAGAUACAGAUGGCUUAAAACUCCAGUAGAAGCUUUUUGGGGGUUUCAGUUUGGCAUACCUAGUCACGAUAUUUGAUUUGACUUCCUGCGGAAAAGUAGAAGAUCAUUUUUCCGUUUCAAAAUUUCAUGUAACAUUUUCUUGAAAAAUGUCUGAUGCUGAUAACAUAUGUGUCUAGAUAUUUUAGUAAUUUUGCUCAGUGCUCUUAGCGAAAAGUACAUGAACAUUUGUACGCUUUCCUUUCUUGAGUUAAACAUCAUUAAAAUAAAUUCUCUCGGGAAUCUUGAAAUGGAAAUUGAGUUUACACUAGUGAUUUCUCUCACGGCUUGUUUUUCUGGAGCUCUUCCAGUAGCAGCUCGGCUUUUCCGCAAUUUUUCAUAAUAAUCAUUGGAUUCAUUUCUUCUUGGUUUGUUUUUUUUCCAUCAUAUCAAUCCAAUAUUUCAUCAAUUUCUCUUCCGAUUCCUAAUUCAAUCCUGCAGUUGACUUACGUGAGCCUUGGUUUUGUUCUAAACAGCUGUGCUGUUUUUCUUCAAGUCCCACGGAUCCUGUCAGAAAAUCUCUAGUAAAUAUUAAACUUCUCAACUAUUUUUAAGUUGAGUCAAAAUGGGUCAUUUUGAAGUUGUUCGGCAUUACUCGUAAAUGAUGUUUUUAGAAAGCUAAUCCAGUGGCACCUUUUUAAGAAGCAAAAAUUAUCUGUAAAUCAACUAAGUGUAUUAAAUUUGUCAUCAUGGCACAGGCUCUCAGUAUCAGGUACGCAAGUGAGAAAAUUUCAUGGUCAUUGCAAAGUUUACUUCUCUUUUUGGUCUGUUAUUGAACUGAUUAUGCCAAGGUCUCCUAUUGUGUGCCAAGGAAAAACGCUGUAAGAGCCUUUAAACGUUGCAGAAUUGCCUUUGACUAAUCACUAAUUUUGUAAGUAUUUUUCUUCAAUGUUUUCAGGAAAUUUUGUUUGCAUUUUAAUCUUCAGUAUCUAAAAAUUUCAAGGAAUAUUAACAGUAACUUUCUUCAAGAAAAAGAAGUAUUUUUGGAGAGAAAAUUUGGUUACAUUCAAAUGCUCACAUGGCGUAUUUCCUCAGCACAGCAUCGAGAGGUCUAUUUGUUUUUUAGGGAUAACAUUUUACUAGUUCUGAUGGAAUAAAUCCACUUUCCUUCUAUCAUUCCGUAUGCGGUUGUUAAUGGAAACCUCAUAUUACAAGAAUUCAGGCUCAGUCCUAAUGACACCAUGAUUGACCAAUUUUGCUUUUACGUUCGGAAGUUUUUUUUUAUUUUACGAGAGAUUUACCGUACUAGCUGUGAAUCACCUGUGGCAUCAUCCUAAAAUCAUGUACACCUUGAAAUGAUAUUGAUACAAUUAACUUACUCAUCGACUUGUGAUUUUUUCUAACACAUGAAACUCCUGCGCCACAGCUUCACAAAGUUUCACAGAACUAUCGCACUUAGUAAUUUCCAGAAAACCCUUGCAUUUCCAAUAUUGGGAGGUGCUAUUCUAGAAUUUCUGUAUUUCCUACUUCUUGUAACCUCUAUUCUCUUUCAUGAUAAAUUUUUAAAAUGUAAAAUGUCCUAAGCUUUUGCUGUUUGUUGGAAGCGGCGAAAAGUAGCCCAUACUGAGGAGACAGUUGAGAGAGGCAGACACAAAUUAGCGUAGCUGUAUAAGUGAAUCUUAAGUUCUUAACUUUUUGUUGAUUAAUGAAAUAAGCUUAGUUUUAUCUCGAUUUUCGGAAUCUUUAAAUUAGUUCAUAGCGAUUAAGGAAUUGAAUAUUUUUAUUUUUGUAAAAUUUUUCUUUUCUAAUUUGUUCCUAUGUGUAAAAACAUUUUCAGAAUAGAUUGUAGUGGAGAGUUUAUUAGCUCUGCCCGUCUGCGCCAAGUUCUGAAGAUACGACCAGUUUUUAAGCUGUGUUUUCUUAAACUUGAAUGUGACACAACCUGCGCAUAGCUGUAUUGUAGCCGCUCUGGUAGCGCUAGUUAUUUGUAUUGCAUUUCUUUAACAGUGGUCCGAGAAACCAACAGGGUUUCAAAAACCCUGGAGAGAGGAGCGCAACUAAGGCACUGUGAAUUUGUCCAUCGUGUGCCUAGUCGAAGAAAACCCAGCUUAAGGCUACGUAUCCCCCUUAAUCUCAAUAUCUUUCUGGUCUCUAAUUUUACUGAAUUUUAUUUUUCUGAAUUGCAAAAAUUUGUAUUUUCCUCUAGUCUUAUUUGUAUUUCAAUGCUAUGAUAUUCCCUGGUUAUGGUUUUCGUGCUGCCUUGUUAGAUCAGCUCACAUCAAUCUCUAAGUCCUCACUUACAUAUUGUCAAAUCCUAGACUAGGUUUUCACAGACUGUAUGCAUGGAGAAAAGAUAUCCGGUGGACUUUAUGUUCAUUUCAACCGGUGAAAAUAGUAAAGGUGGUCAUAAAAUCGUAAAUAGCACUGCAAUUUUUCAGUGCUCCUCAGAUUGUAACAACUUUGUAAAAUUAUAAUUUGUAGUAAACUGAAAAACACACAUAAGUUAUUUUAAUGGAAAAAUGAGCAAAAAAGGGAUGAUUUCUGUGAGUAAAUUCUUGCAGGGUAUCAAAUAAUCUGGCUCCAAACGACAGCAUUUAGUGGGAAAAAAAUCAGUUAACGUUUUAUAAAUAAAAUGAGCCGAAGAUAGUUUUGAUCUCAUCUGAAAUCACUAUUUUCUCCUGACAAAAAAUUGAAGUUUGGGGAGAAUGUAUUUUGUUACUUUUUGGAUUGUAUUUUGAUUUUUAAAGACUCAUGUGAAGAAAUCAAAUCCUUCUUCUCUUCGCUCCUAUCACAUGCCACUCACAUCUUUGCCCUAAACAUUAUCCAAAUAAUACUCAAGAGUUAAUACAAUCUGAGGAGCACCGCUAACCGUUUGUGUUUUUUCUGUAAAGAAUAGCAAUUUUAAACUCCGUCUUGUUCUUUUAAAUUCCCGAAAUUCAGGAAAAGCAAUCUUUUAAGGUCCGAAUUUCUCCGUGAUUGAGAGUCCUCUGGACGAAUUAAAUGUCUUUAUUUUGUUCGCGCGUUUCUGGUUGUCUCUUCAGAACUUAUCUGCAGAACUUGGCAUAUUGUCUCUACCAUUUUAAUUGAUGUUAGUUUUACUCUGUAACGAUCAUUUUAGAUUUUAUUGUGAAGCCGUUUUAAAUCAACUCGAAUCUAAAUUCGUAAAGUGCUGUUACACAGUUUUUCAAAUUAAGGUAAGAUUAAAAGAAUUUGUAAGAUUA